AUGCCUCUUGCAGGGAAUAUCUACUUCAUUUCGACCGUCGCCGUCAUUGGCGGCGGUCUGUUUGGCUUUGAUAUCUCGUCGAUGUCUGCCAUUAUCGGCACACCAGCUUACAAGUGUUAUUUCAACCACGGUCCUAAGGGCCCGCCUUUUAACGAUGACGAAAACUGUAGUGGUUUGAGCUCGUUGGCGCAGGGUGGUGUCACUGCUGCCAUGCCGGCUGGUUCCUGGCUUGGAGCUCUUAUUUCUGGCUUUAUUUCUGACCGCAUGGGACGUCGUUACGCUAUUAUGGUUGGAUGCAUUAUUUGGGUUAUCGGUUCUACUAUCAUCUGCGCCUCCCAGAAUCUCGGCAUGCUCGUUGCUGGUCGUGUGAUCAACGGUCUUGCUGUCGGUAUUGAGUCUGCUCAGGUCCCUGUCUAUAUCUCUGAGCUUGCUCCUCCUUCUAAGCGUGGUCGUCUGGUCGGAUCCCAACAGUGGGCUAUUACUUGGGGUAUCCUGAUCAUGUACUAUAUCUCCUUCGGUUGCUCCUACAUUGGCGGCGGUUCCUCCUCCGAUUACAGCACUGCCGUCUUCCGUAUUCCCUGGGGUAUCCAGAUGGUCCCCGCUAUCCUCCUCUUCAUCGGCAUGAUCUUCCUCCCCGAAUCUCCUCGCUGGCUGGCCCGCAAGGACCGCUGGGAGGAGUGCCAGGCAGUCCUGACUUUGGUUCACGGUAAGGGCGACCCCAACAGCCCAUUCGUUAUGGCUGAGAUGCAAGAGAUUGGUGAGAUGUGUGAGUUCGAGCGCCAGAACGCCGACGUCACCUACCUGGAACUGCUCAAGCCCAAGAUGAUCAACCGUACUUUUAUCGGUAUCUUCUGUCAGAUCUGGUCCCAGCUGACUGGUAUGAACGUCAUGAUGUACUACAUUACCUACGUCUUCAGCAUGGCUGGCUACUCUGGUAACGCCACCCUGCUCGCUUCUUCUAUUCAGUACAUCAUCAACGUUGUUAUGACUGUUCCCGCCUUGAUCUGGGUUGACCGCUGGGGUCGUCGUCCUACUCUUCUGGUUGGCGCUGCCUUGAUGAUGAUCUGGAUGUACGCCAAUGCUGGUCUGAUGGCUGCACAUGGUACUGUUGUUCCCGGCGGUAUCGACGGUACCCCUGAGGAAUCUAUGCGUAUGCACGGUGCCCCUGCCAAGGCUCUCAUCGCCUGCACCUACCUCUUCGUUGCUUCCUACGCUCCUACCUGGGGUCCUGUGUCUUGGGUCUACCCUCCUGAGUUGUACCCUCUCCGUGUCCGUGGGAAGGCCGUUGCUUUAGCUACAUCUGCCAAUUGGGCUUUCAACAUGGCGCUGGGUCUCUUCGUGCCUUCUGCGUUUGCCAAUAUCCGCUGGCAGACUUAUAUCAUCUUUGGUGUUUUCUUGACUGUUAUGUUCGUUCAUGUGUUCUUUAUGUUCCCCGAGACUGCUGGUAAGACUCUUGAGGAGACCGAGCAGAUCUUCGAAGACCCUAACGGUAUUCCUUACAUUGGUACUCCUGCUUGGAAGACUCGUCAUGAUCACAAGCGUACUGCCGCUGUUGAGCGUGGUGAUAUCGAAGUCCUGGGUGAGAGACUGGCUAUGGCUGAGAAGUCGGUUGCUACUCACGCUGAGGUUACUACUGAGGCUUAG